CAGUAUGCAAUUUAUUGUUAGUUAUUAAUGUUUCUAAAUAAAAAUAUUUUUUAUUGUUAUGUUACGUAUUAUGUUAAUAAUAGUAUCUAACAGUUGUCAUAGAUUGGCACUACUAUAAAGUUAAAGGAGUGCUGUAUAUAGUUUUUAUUUAUUAAAAUUUUUAGCUCUUAGUUGUGGGAAGGAGAUGCAAUUUUUAUUUCCUGUUUGAAAUGUUACUUUUGAGAGAAAACAAAAUAAUACAUUUAUUAAAUAGCUAAAAGGCUACAAAUAUAAAAUAUAUAAAAUGGAUUCGGAAACAGAUUGGUUGUGUGAAAUAUUACAAAAUGUUCAACUGGAACAGUUUUAUUUGGCAAUUAGAGAUCAGCUUCAGAUUACACGGUUAGCACAUUUUGAUUAUGUGCACGCUGAAGACCUUGAAAAGAUUGGUAUUAGCAAGCCUGGAAUACGCAGGCUGCUUGAUGCUGUUAGGAAAAAGAAGUUGCAGCUAUGGAAUCGAAAGUUUUGGAAUAAGCUGUUUGGUUCGCCAAGUUCAACAUCGAAGGAAAAGACUGAUAUAGCAGUAAAGCCUCAAACACAGACUGAAUCUCAAACAACAUGUAUUAUUCUGGAAAAGGAUAUUGUGUUACACAAUGAGUUAGGUAAUGGAUCAUUUGGUGUUGUGAAACGGGGGGAAUGGAAGGUAGAUCAAUCAAACAAAACAAUGCCUGUUGCCGUUAAAGUGUUGAAGGCGGAUGCUUUUACCCAGCCGGGGAUAUAUGACGAUUUUAGGAGAGAAGUUGAAGCUAUGCAUAGCUUGAAACAUCCAAAUCUAAUUAAAUUACAUGGGGUUGUGUUCCAUCCCUUGAUGAUGGUCUGUGAAUUAGCCACUAUGGGAGCAUUGCUAGAUUAUAUACGAGCCCAGGAUGGCAAAGUGUCACUGCAAUAUAUAUCGAAAUGGUCUAGUCAAGUCGCAGCUGGUAUGGCUUAUUUGGAGAAGAAUAGAUUUCUGCAUAGAGAUUUAGCAUGCCGGAACAUAUUAUUGUCAAAUUUAGAACUGGUUAAGAUUGGUGAUUUUGGCUUAAUGCGAGCAUUACCAGACACCGACAACUGCUAUGUUAUGAGUGAACGUCGUCGUGUGCCAUUCCCUUGGUGUGCACCGGAAUCUCUCCGUUCGAGACAAUUUUCACAUGCAUCCGAUGUGUGGAUGUUUGCAGUAGCAUUGUGGGAGAUGUAUUCCUUUGGCGAAGAACCCUGGCUCGGUCUGAAUGGUUCUGAGAUACUCCGUCUUAUAAUGCGCGAGGGUCAUCGUCUCUCGUCCCCGGCCGCGUGUCCGCCGGACGUGUACAUGUUGAUGAUGCAGUGCUGGGAUCUCGACCCCAAGGAGAGACCAACAUUCGCUGGUAUACUCAGAUAUAUGGACACCAAUCGCUUUGAAACAGCCAUAGCUAAUUUGAGCUAUAGGAAGACAGGUCAGAUGUCUAUAGAGGCCGGUGACGCUAUCAUACUAAUUGACAAGCGACCGGAGCUCCACUGGUGGAAGGGACAAAACCAAAGAUCCCUUCAAGUCGGUCUGUUUCCCAGUAACAUAGUCACCAUUAAGACCCAGAACAACCAAGCGGUUGUUAAAUCUCAUACGUCUUUGAAUCGUAAAGUGUCCAAUCCAACAAGCGAGGACGAAGUGACGCUCCGCAGACGGCGCACUAUUGAAUCGACCCAGGCUCCAACAACACGAGCCGGGAACACGUCCAGCAAACAUUUUAAUUACAACAAGCUGGUGAACGAUAGAACGAGGACUGUCAGAGAUAACUACUCCAAGAGCUUAGGGCAAGUGAAAGAGGACUUGCUUAUCGACUUAGACCUACCGCCGCGCACCGAAACCACGACCGCAAACAAACAGGCGACACACAACAAUGUAUCGAUAUUGGACGAGCCCAUCGAUGUUCCUGAAAUCGGUCCUGAAUUAGAUUGGGCUCAGCACAGCAUUGAAAGUCUGCCGACGUACUGUACGGAACCACAGACAAGUCGAAGCAUAUACGGUGCUAAGUCAUUGGACGGAUUGAAUGUUACGCAACCACAACCACAGCACGACCCGUUCGAUACAACGAACCCGUGGCUGUCAAACAACGAAUCUCAACCGAGAGCCAACUACGACAUACAGUUGAACGAUUCCCUCAACCGACUCAGUCUUCAAUCUCAGACGUACUCGAAUACCUUAUCUAAUAGUUCAGAUGCAGAAUUAUAUAACAAUAUAAUUCCGGUCGGCCUGAACAAUACUAACCAGCAGAAUAACCAGCAAAACAACCAGAAUAACUACGGCUUGUUGUCCAACGCGUAUACGACCUCCAUACAGGCGUGCAUUAGAAGCACGCACAACGAAAAUACGAGUUCGGAAAAUAAAUACGAAUCUAACACAAAAUCUCCCACACAAAUAUCGCUGGACGACAGAAUAUCCGAAUCAUUGAAUCUCAGAGCGAAGAAUACUAACAGCGAUCUAUACGCGAACUGCGACACGCCCGCGACAUCUCACAACACUAACGGCGGGUACGGCGAUAUACCGAUUUACAGCAAUUUCGAAAUAAAUCCGACCCAACCAUUAGUACUGGAAACUAAAGACUAUUACAAGAAACUGUCGACGCCAGCCGGCAGCGUCGACAUGGACUAUACAAAAAACAUGUACGUGCCCAAACAGGAGGAUGGAGAGAAGUUGAAAAAUUUCAGCGAGAACUUGGAAAACUCCAAAAACUAUUCAGUAUUCAAGACAUAUCAGAAUAUAGAUUACUUGCAGUACAGCGGUCGCUACGGGCCAUCGACCUCGCGCCGCGCUACGUACGACGAGGUGAACGAAUCUAACAUAUACAGUGAGAUCGGCGAGCCGAGUGUGUAUUCGAGCUCGAGUUACAUGAAUGCGAAUACAAGUACACCUACGAAUACGAAUACGAAUACGUGUGUGUACGAUGAAGUUUACGAACCGGUGCCUCGGCCCCACAGACCCGCACCGCCCUGUCCAUUUAAACGAUGAGAUUAUACUCCAACAUGACAUUUAACUAUAAUUUAUUGAUUCAAACUUCUGUAGCGCUUCAUUGUUGUAAUCUUUACAUGUUUGUUAUAGUCCAACGAGGCAAUGAUAGUCCAAACUAUUUUUUAUUAAAAGUCUGAAAUCGAUUAAACGUUGAUUUGAUUAUAAGAAUAUAAUAUAUUGAAAUCAUCGUUAUACAUGUACUCGAGAAAUAAGGAAUGAGGUUAUUGAAUAAAACUACUAGCGUUGGCUGAUUACGAUGAGAUUAUUCUAUAUUCUCGAAAUUAUAAAUAAGUUAUUUCAUAACAAUAACUCGAAUAUUAUAAAAGAAAACAGAAAAAUCUCUACAAAUAUAUAUUUUAAUUAAUCUAGUUUUGAUAUUCUGAACAUCACAAUAAGGUGCCUCACCGCAAAGUACCUGUUAGAAUUAAAAAUAGUAAUAGUCCGUAAAAAAAAUAUAUUUUUUUUCUAUUAUAGGACAAUGAUAUUUUUCAGUUUCAUUAUCACAUUAAUGACAUUAAAUAGUUACUCGAAUUGAUUAUUUUUUGUAUAAUUUAUAUAUACAUUUAUCGUUUAAAAAAAAUCAGACAAUAUUCUAUUAAAUAAUACAAAUAAUGUAUUUUUAAUAUAACAAAGGUUAUUGUCAACGCCUUGUGUAGUGUUCGCCGUUGUUGCCAAUUCAAAUGUAUAUUAAGAAUAAGUUUUCUUUCAAUACAUUGAUAUGUAAAAAAAAAAAUGCAGCUAAUUUAUAUUUUUAAUCUGUCGACGAUAUCAACUAUCUUGAUAUCUAGAUUCAUUAGUACUUUACGUUUGUAAAUGUACAUCAAGUGUUGCCAUGGCAGAUAAUUUAAUAUGUAUUAUAUAGACUUAUAUAAAUAUAUGUAUUUAUUUCAAAUUAAAUAUAGUUUUGUAACUAUUAACUGGAUAUGAUAUUUUUUUUUCAUUGAAUUAUAAUCUGUCUUUAAUGUAUUUUGAUAACUUUGUAUAUAGUGUGUUGCGGCUGUAUUUUUCCAAACAUUGUAUGAUAUUAACAGUUAUCGUAAUAAAGACAUUAACAGUA